AUGUUGGUGGACGAAUGCGGAAGCGGCAUCGGGUGGACCGCAGGGGUUCGAGGGGGUUGGUCCACCCCGGGGGGAUGCAGGAAUUCCUCGAUGAGCUUCGGGGGUAGCGUGCCCUCCCUACAUCCGGCUGGGUCCUUACGGUCCCUCAGGUCGCAACAUUCCAUUCAGCCGCACCCGGAGACACCCCAAAGAUGCCUGCACUGCCACCCGGUUCACGUGUCCACCCCCAGCAGUUACAUGCAGCAUCCCAUGCAGUUCUACACGCCGAGUCACUGCAUGGACGGCCGGAACGGCAGCUACACCCCUCACCGGGGCAGCUCCUACCACGGGGAUCCUCGAGUUCGAUAUGUGGAUAUGGAUGAAAGUAUAGCUGGAAAUACAAAUUGGGUCCUGGGAGAUCUUAGGAGUCUCCAUCGUUGCGUACCGGCUCUACGUCGACCAGGGAUAGACGUUGCGAGCAUGAGGACGCACUUCUACCCCGAAGGCGGAUGGGGUUGGCUGGUCUGCGCGGCGGGCUUCCUUGCCCUGUUGCUUACCACUGGGAUGCAGCUCGCUUUUGGCCUCCUUCAUGUCCAUGCAGUCCGACAACUUGGGAAGCACCACCUCAUGGACAUCGCAUGGGUGGGUGCAUUAAGUGCAGCGGUCUCACGUGGGCUGGCUCCCUUCGUCGUCGGGGUGUGUCACUUGGCGAGCACCAGACUCGUCGCCGUGUUCGGUGGCCUCUUUCUGGCACUCGCAUCCCUCUUCACCUCCUUCUCCGUGCAGAUGCACCAGGUCGUCUUCAGCUACGGUCUGGUCCUGGGCGCAGCCGCCGGGAUGGUGCGGGAAACUGCCGGCCUGGUGCUGGGCCAUUACUUCAGGAAACGGAGGGAGUUCGUUGAAAUGGUGGUGCAAGCCGGCACGGGGGUGGGAAUAGCUCUCUUCAGUGUCUUCUAUCAGGAGGCCGUGGGGAAACUUGGCUGGAGAUACGGCCUGCAGUGCGUAACGGGUGCCCUGUGCGUGGCGUUCUUCCUAGGCCUGAUCUACAGGAAUGCCUCCAUCUAUCAUCCUCAACGCCGAGCCAUCGUCCACCUAAAGAACCAAAGGAACAAGGUCAAGGAGAAGAAGUCGAGCUCGAGGAGUUCUAAGGAGCCUUUCCUGGAUCUGAGUCCACUGGGAAGCCGACCUGUCCGAAUGCUCAUGCUGGCAUCGGGGGCUGCAGGCUUCGGACUCUACACGCCAGCCUUCUAUAUCGCUCUGCAAGGAAGUCAGGAUGGUUUGGAGGCCAGUGCCCUGGUGCUGUUGCAAACUUGUUUGGGGUUGGCAGCGGCUCUCGGGUGCGCAGCUUGGGGCGUUGUUACCGCCAGACCAUCCGCCCAGUGUUUGGUAUCCAGACAAUACCUCUGCCAAGUAGCUCUUCUCGGAGUUGCCAUUGCUCAGGUGGCCCUUGGCAGUGUGCAAGAUUAUCGUGGCCUGGUGCUAGCUUCUGGUCUCUACGGUGCAUCUCUCGGUGGUGCCCUUUAUUCCCUGAAGAUGUUGGCCCUCGAAAGGCUGAGAGCGAAACAUUUCGCGAGGUCGUGGGCUCUCGUGCAGGCUGCCGAGGCCCUGCCCAUCCUUCUUGGAGUUCCUCUUACUGGUUACAUUAACGCCAGCAGCCCGCGGGUCGGUUAUUAUGCGUCGACUUUGAGUCCCCUGUGCGGUGCUGCUCUACUGUUCCUGGUCGGAUGGGGCCGACAGCCAACAUCUCCUAUGAUCAUCGGAUCGCAGCCUUCCAACAUCGGGCACGUACCACCACCUUGUGCUUGUCCGCCACCCCCCAGAUCCCGGUUGCCCAAAUCACAGUCGCUCCACGUUCCAUUGGACGUGAACCACGAGCCUUUCCAGGAGCGCGAAGCCGAGCGACUACGGAGCCGAGAACAAUUUUGUCAACCGCAAUUCCACACACCUCUGCGACCGAGCAAAAGCGUCCCCGAGGGCCUCGGUCACCAAGACGCCUACAGGGGCCGACGAGGUCGUCAUCGCGACAUCACUGUAAUAGAACAGAUUACGACCAGCGUUUAAUCGCUGUUCCCUGCGGGCAAGCCUGUGCUCUUUCUCUUCCAUAACAUUCAACUCGUUUUGACGAGUCAGGUACCUGAACCUGAUCUAUUCGAAGGUUGCGAUUACAGAACCUCGUAUAUAGUUUCGUUGAAAUUCACCGUGACGACAAUUACCGGGAUGGUUUCAACGGUGAUUGAAACGCGGUUUUACUCGUUAUGUGAAGAAAACGAGAACAAACUUCGACGUCAGUGUGAUGUGAGAGUCGUUUGUAACGAUUGAAUCGGCGAUGCAGAAAGAAGACUUGACUUGAAGGAGGAACUAAAGAAUUCAACGGGUUAACCGAAUUCGUAUUGACCGUGUAGAAAUUAGUUGUAAAGAUAAAACGCGGAUUGAACGGACACGUUCUAAGGUUCGUAAUGUAUCGAUAAGGUUACCGUAGAGGGGGUGCUGGUCUGUCGUGGAAAACUUGUAUCGACUGAUAUUCGUCCGCGUUUGCACGGACAUUGUUAUCCCAUCCUCGUUCACCUCGUUACAUUGUUUGCUCCUUAUUGCGUACCAUCUUUUCGUUAUAAAACGUCGAACAGCCAACCGAUUCCUUCUCUGUCCUUUAUAUUCGUGGGACCGUCAUUAAAAUAUCGAGGAACGUGCGAACUUUCGUUAUUACCUCUUUACGUAGGCAUAGGAGAUACGUACUCGGAGCUGGUCUCCGGCGUCGUUAUACAACGUUUUUUCAAGUUUUUCCGCGGCCCUCGAUCACGUCGGUAAUUUUAGGGUAGCGUAAUUCGCGAAAAGGGCCAAUGUUCACUCGGUGGGAAAGCGUCAAACGCUUUGCCACAAGUGCAAAGUGCUCUCUCAUCACCACACCGAUGCAUAAACGUGUUCACAACUUCCAGA